UUUAAACAUGUUGGUCCUGUUUUGCUUAAUAUGUGCUGUUUUAGUAACAUUUUGUCCUUCAAUAUUUUGUUGAAGGAUGAACACUUUAAUUGAUGAAGAUCCCUUCUUCACCACAUUGUUGGAAAGUGGUGAGGGUGGUAUAAGCAACCCUACUGUGGAUGCUGCUUUCGUUGAUGUCCAAGCGACACAACCCCAACGGGAAAAAAUGGCACCUAAACAUAAAUCCCAGCGGGGUGUGUCAUUUACUAUUGAGGAAGAUACUCUCCUCAUUUCAGCUUAGCUUAACGUUAGUACAGAUUCCAUACGGGGGACUGACCAAACCUCCACACAGUUGUGGAGUAGAAUUUAUGAUUACUACUCCACUUAUAAAAAACCUAACAGUCAAAAACGAUCUGUACCAUCUUUGACCAAUCGGUGGUCAACCAUUCAAAAAUGUGUCAAUAAAUUUUGUGGUUCUUUGGCCCAAGUUGAAGGAAUGCAUCCAAGCGGUGCAACCGAGCUAGACAAGAUUGACAAGGCAAAAAUUUUGUACCGAGAGACCCAAAAAACCAACUUCACCUUGGAUCAUUGUUGGAAUCUUUUAAGGAAUCAACCGAAAUGGCAAACACACAUGGAGAGUGUAAGAAGAAGAGACAACGUCUCACGUUCAGGUAGUACUCUAAACUCAAUACAAUUAGAGAACCCAAUGGAAAAUGUUCCCGUGGAGUGUGAGAGACCUCUGGGGAAAAAAUCUGAAAAAGAAAGAGAGAAAAAAAGAAAAAGUAGGGAAAGAGAAGAUAAAGAAUUUAGUGAAGCCUUAAGAGACAUGACAGAUGAUAGGAAGAUUAUGUUGUUGGAGAGAAAAGAAAGCAUAAUGAGGUUAGAAAACCGCAAUUCUAAGUUAUUGGCUAUUAAGAAGAAAAAGGUUGAAAUGGAAAUUAAGGCUCAAGAAGAAAGAUCUAUAAUAUUAGCUAAAAAGAAGAGGAAAAAUGAUAUGGAAAUUAUGAAAUUGGAUAUUGGUUCCAUGAAUUCUUUGCAGCAAGAGUAUUUCCAUAAUCUUCAAAUGGAAAUUAUUGAGGAACAAAGAAAUAAGGCCAUAUCUCGUACAUAGUCCUGUAUGCUUUGUUUUGUGCAGUUUUUGAUUUUUUUUUUGACACUGUGGUGACAUAGCUUGGAUAUUUAUAUACUGCUGGUUGCUAUGAACACCAAGCCCUUUUUUGUACAUCUAUUUGGGCCUUUUAUUUUGUUGGUGGUUGGUGGUGGGUGGGAACAUUUUGUUGGGUGAAUAUUUGUUGUUGGUGGGAUAUUUUGUACUGCUUGCUGCUGAUGCUGGAGCUGCUGGUGCUGGUGCUGGAGCUGCUGGAGGACCCAAUGGCAAGGCUGUUUUUGUUGCUGUUGAAGGGUGCUGGAGCCACUGGACUUGUUGCUGGUUGCUGAUUCACAGAUGAUACAAUUUGUUGGUUGCUGUUUUCUGAUUGCUGGUUGCUGUUAUUGUAAUGAAUUUGUAUCAAAAUCAACUUUUUGAAACUUGUAUUAAGUUGAUUUUGAUACAUAGAAUCAGUCA